AGCAGCUUUACAAACAUUUGUGCUUUGAUAUUUGAUGAUAGAAAAACUGAAGACCUGCGAUCUGUGAUUUUAUUAUGAACACCAUAAGAAACUGCGUCUUGCUUCUCUGUCUCUUCAUUGGCAGUGUCUCCUCUGUGCAAAGACUGAACAAUAUUGAUGACCUGAGAAACACUUACUACAGCAAGCGUGAGCCAAACCAUGGACUCAAACUGCUGUUCUGGUUUGCACAACAUGUUAUUGAUAUUGAUGUAAACUACAUCUCACAGAUGGACAUCUUACCAAGCCGAGGUGACUAUGGAUUCCACUGGUUUGAAAACAGAGAAAGCAUCCUCCCCACAUUGCCCUCUGAAUUCAAAGGUUAUUACUCUGUGGGCAAUCUAAGCUAUCCAAGAGCCACAGAGUUACCAGCAUAUGUGCGAAAGGAUCAUUAUAUCUCACCACAUUCCCCAGACAGCAAUCUGGACAGGCUCAUAGUCUGUGUGAGCAGAAGAGAUCCAAACAGUUUAUACAGUGUCUUUAUCACAACACUUAUGCACGGGCUGGACGAACUGGAUCCAUACCUCACUUUUGAGAUCAAUCCUGCACUUAUACGUCAAAUCCAACGUCCUUGUAAUUGCACUUCACACCAUUACAAUGAUUAUCUGUUUAGCACCUUGACUAGUAAUAGAAAAGAUAUAAAUUAUGUUCAAAAAACCUUACAAACAGCAAAGAUCAUUUUUAAAGAGCCAGGCCUUCCUGCAUUUCUAACAUUAACAGCAUUUGACAUUGAAUACUCUUACAGAAACUUUGCAGUGAGAUUUUGCAACUCUAGUGCAAAAGAAUUGCACGAGCCCUUAAAACAAUGUCAUACAACUGCAGAAAUUAAAUUAGAGAUUAAAACUUCAGUGAUUGGUUUAGCAAAACUCACAUGGGAACACAUUCCUGCAAAUGUAAUGAAAGAAUAUGAUUUCAAAUACAUAGCUGCUUGCAAGAAAACUGACUUCAGCAAUGCACAUAAAUAUUGUGAAUGCACCAAGUUUGGGGUUAAGAAUUCCUCUGGGAGUGUUGAUACUUCAGUUCAUCUUAAUUCUGGUCUUCAACCCCUACUUCUAUUGUACAAGAAUGGUUCAGUGGUCUCAAAUAACAACAGAGGAAUGCCCACAAAUAUAAAGCAUUAUAGUGCAAGUCUGCAGCUCUACACUGAAAAUGGUAAAGCAUGCGCUCAGCUUUACAUUAAGAAGACAUUCUUUGAUUGGAAAAAGGUUUUCUAUUACUCAUGGGUGGCGUUUUACAGAAAUGCACGAGACGCCAAUGACCAGUACUCUACAUAUACAUAUGUCGUGAAGAUGGAAAAGGUAGAAAAAUAUAGCAAAGGGGAAUAUUAUGUUUAUAAUUAUGAGUCAAGUUUGGACAUUGCACCUGGAGUUCAGAUCCGCUUUCUGCUGGAAAAAAGGAAUUAUAAUAAUGCAAAUGUUUUAGCCCAAACACAGCCCUGGAAAGAUAAUAAAUAUUCAAGCAUAUUGCAAACAAAUGAUGAUGACCUACAUCAUGGUCUUCCACCUGAACUAUUACCACACCUGUCAAAUCCAGAAUUGGUUCAUGGGCCAGAGUUUGAUGAAGCCAACGGAAUGAUCCCGACUAGAAUACUGCGUUUUGAUGCUAGUCUGCAGCUUUACGCUAAUGAUGGUAAAGCUUGUGCUCGGCUCUACAUUAAGAAGACCUUCAGUGAUUGGAAUCAUGCCUUCUACUACUCAUGGGUGGCAUUUUACAGCAGUCCACGAGAUGCAAUUGACCAAUAUUACACGUCAACAUAUGCUGUGAAGAUGGAAAAGAUGGAAGAUGACAACGCUAUUGAUUAUGAUAUUUAUCAGUACAAGUCCAGUUUGGAUAUUGCACCAGGAGUUCAGAUCCGUUUUCUACAGGACAAAACCUAUGACAACAUGUUAGCACAAACUGAGCCAUGGAAGGGUUUUAGCAUAUCACAAAUAACUAUUUCCUGUAUCCAAUCUUAGUUACUGCCAACAAUUCAAAUUUAGGCAAUAGCUGCCUACUAUUAAUAACAUUAAUACUGUUUAAAAACAAACAAAUGUUUAUGUUUUACGGAUGUGCAUUUAAAGUUCUACUCAUUAACAUUCCAUGAUAAUUACAUUGCUAUUUCCUGUAAUAUGGUGUAACACACUUUGUUCCACUGUGACAUUUUAAUUUUAAUGGAUUUAAACACUAUUUCAUUUCUCAAGAUGAGAUUCUUGUACACCAUGUCUUCAUAUAUAAUAAGAGUCAUCAUCUAUUAAAACGCAUUUG